GAAACCAGUCACUCUCACACUCAUCUCCCUCUUCCCCUUCUCUCUCCAUCUCUGUGUGUGUUUUCUCCCCGCAGAAUUCCCCAAUUCUCUCCACUCUCCUCUCUCAAUUUCCCUCUCAAACCCCCACAUUCAUCACCAGCAAUGCACGAUCUUCAAGACGAAUGCAAUUUCAUCAUUUGAUUUUACAGCUUCGGUUCAUUCUGAAUUCGAAAAAUGCUUGUUGAAGCAGCAAUGGAAAGUUCCGUCAAUGGUGGUGGUGCCUUCUCCCAGUUACACCAGAGCUGCGGAGAUAGCAGCGAGGAGGAGCUUUCCGUCCUCCCUCGCCACACCAAGGUGGUUGUUACCGGCAAUAACCGUACCAAAUCGGUCCUCGUUGGUCUCCAAGGAGUCGUUAAGAAAGCCGUUGGACUCGGUGGUUGGCAUUGGCUGGUUCUUACGAAUGGAAUUGAAGUGAAGCUGCAGAGGAAUGCUCUUAGUGUGAUUGAAGCACCCACUGGCAAUGAGGAAGAUGAUGAUCUUGAAUUUGAAAAUGUGCAAUGGAAUGGAUCAGAUAUGGCAUCGGACGACACACAGAAGACCCAUAAAUCGAGGCACAGAAUGAAUAGAUCAUUGGGAUCAUCUCACAAGACCAUGAGUAGGUCCUUCUCUGGUGAUUCACAGUCUAAGGGGUCCGUUACUAUGACUCAUGGGUCCAUGAAGGUUGACUUGAGCAAACUUGAAAUGGCUGCUUUGUGGAGAUAUUGGCGACAUUUUAAUCUAGUGGAUGCCAUCCCAAAUCCAUCAAAAGAGCAGCUAGUAGACGGUGUUCAGAGGCAUUUCAUGUCUCAGCAAAUCGACGAGUUGCAGGUCAUCAUGGGGUUUGUCCAAGCUGCAAAGAGGCUCAAGAGUACGACUGUAUGCAAAUGAGAUGGAGUGAAGCUAAAAAUGAUGAUAUUUUGUUAUAUUUUCUAUGCUAACCAAGAUAAUGUAUCUAGUAUCCACUUCCCUUAGUAUAUGUAACAUAACUAUCAGUGAUUUGUAUCUUCCUGAUAUAGUAGUAGGUUAGUUGUUGGAGGUUAUAGACUAUAGAGCUCCUUACUCUUUUGUAGAUAUAUGUGACCUUGUGACUGGAACGUUAGGGAAGAAGUCUCCAUGGCUUUCUUUUCUAAGCUUGAUCAUUCAAGUAUCACUGACCCGGGAAGUGGGUUUUCAGAGACCUUAGUCUUAAUGUGUAUAUAUAUUUUAGUUUCUCCCAA